AUGGAUACAGCAGGUGUUUGUCCAAGCUCUGAGAACACCUGGUGCUGGUCAAAACAAUACACUAAUUACAUGAUUUCGCCAGAGGAUGACAUCAUUCACAGGAUACUUAUAUGGCAUGUCUCCAGGUCUCUCAUUGUCCUGGUGUCUUCCUCUGGAAAAAGACCAAGUUCCCAAUGCCUUUCCUUAAGUGUGGCACCCAGAACCCAGAACAGGGCUGAGUUCUUGUCACUGAACCAGCCUUUAAAGGGGGCUCAGGAGAAUAAGAGCUCAAGCAGAAAGACGACAGGCCUAUCUGUGCAGGCCCUGCCACCAAAUGAGGGGUCCAAAGGGUGGAGGCAGUCCCAGCAGCUGCCUGAAGAGGACUGCAUGCAGCUAAACCCAUCCUUCAAGGGAAUUGCAUUCAACUCCUUGCUGGCUAUUGACACGUGUAUGUCCAAGAGGCUGGACGUCUGUGCCAAUCGAGCUGCCUCCUGGGGCAGUGCCCACUCUAUGGUCAAACUCAUUGGGAUCACAGGGCAUGGGAUCCCUUGGAUUGGGGGCACCAUUAUCUGCCUGGUGAAGAGCAGCACUCUUGCAGGGCAAGAGGUCCUGAUGAGUCUGCUGCUGGGUAAGUGA